AUGACCACCGAGGGCGGGCCGCCGCCGCCCCCGCCGCGCCCGCCGCCGGCCCCGCUCCGCCGCGCGUGCAGCCCGGCCCCCGGCGCACUCCAGGCCGCCUUGAUGAGCCCGCCGCCCGCCGCCGCCGCCCUGGAGACCACCUCGUCGUCCUCAUCGUCUUCCUCAGCCUCCUGUGCCUCCUCCUCCUCCUCCUCCAACUCGGCCAGCGCCUCCUCUGCCGCCUGCAAGAGCACGGGCGGCGGCGGCGGUGGCGCGGGCGCCGGGAGUGGGGGCGCCAAGAAGGCGAGCUCGGGGCUGCGGCGGCCAGAGAAGCCUCCUUACUCGUACAUCGCGCUCAUCGUCAUGGCCAUACAGAGCUCGCCCAGCAAGCGCCUGACGCUCAGCGAGAUCUACCAGUUCCUGCAGGCGCGCUUCCCCUUCUUCCGCGGCGCCUACCAGGGCUGGAAGAACUCCGUGCGCCACAACCUCUCGCUCAACGAGUGUUUCAUCAAGCUGCCCAAGGGCCUCGGGAGACCCGGCAAGGGUCACUACUGGACCAUCGACCCGGCCAGUGAGUUCAUGUUCGAGGAGGGCUCUUUCCGCCGCCGGCCCCGCGGCUUCAGGCGGAAAUGCCAGGCGCUCAAGCCCAUGUACCACCGCGUAGUGAGUGGCUUGGGCUUCGGGGCCUCGCUGCUGCCACAGGGCUUCGACUUCCAGGCGCCCCCAUCGGCGCCGCUUGGGUGCCACGGGCAGGGCGGCUACGGAGGCCUCGACAUGAUGCCUGCGGGCUACGACGCCAGCACAGGCGCCCCGGGCCACGCGCAUCCGCACCACCACCAUCACCACCACGUCCCGCACAUGUCGCCCAACCCCGGAUCCACCUACAUGGCCAGUUGCCCCGUGCCCGCCGGGCCUGGGGGUGUCGGCGCUGCUGGGGGCGGCGGCGGAGGGGAUUACGGCCCGGACAGCAGCAGCAGCCCAGUGCCCUCAUCCCCAGCCAUGGCGAGCGCCAUCGAGUGCCACUCUCCCUACACGAGCCCCGCGGCGCACUGGAGCUCGCCCGGCGCCUCGCCUUACCUCAAGCAGCCGCCCUCCCUGACGCCAAGCAGCAACCCCGCAGCCUCGGCAGGCCUGCAUUCGAGCAUGUCCUCCUAUUCGCUGGAGCAGAGCUACCUGCACCAGAACGCCCGCGAGGACCUCUCAGUGGGACUGCCUCGAUACCAGCAUCACUCUACCCCAGUGUGUGACAGAAAGGAUUUUGUCCUCAACUUUAAUGGCAUUUCUUCUUUCCAUCCCUCUGCAAGCGGACCAUAUUAUCACCAUCACCACCACCAGAGUGUCUGCCAGGAUAUUAAGCCCUGCGUCAUGUGAAUGGAGGGAAGGAGGCCAUGCCCAGGCCGCUCUCUG